AUGCCUGGCAUCGAUCCCCAGAUCAUCUGCCAUCGCCUACACGUCAACCCAGCCAUCAAGCCUGUAGCGCAGAAGAGACGCAACUUCGCCCCCGAGCGGGUCGCCAUCAUUGAAGCCGAGAUCGACAAGCUUCUAGCUGUCGGUUUCAUUGAAGAAGUCUCAUACGCAGAAUGGCUGGCGAACGUUGUUCUAGUAGUAAAGAAAGAUAAAGGCCUGUAG